UUUGAUGUGUGUGUGUUAUGUGUGUUUAGUACGCUUGUUUCAGUUCAUUUGGCGCUAAGCACGCGAUCAGAGGAACUUGAGUGACAGUAUGUAUGACGAGUAUCCGAUCCGACUCUGAUGCUGGGAAGAAAACUGCUGUCUUUAAUCAUUAAAAUGCGCUGUAAUGAGACGAAACUGCUGUCGAAGAACUGAAGAUGCGAUUCAACGAGAAAGAGCUGGUGUUCCUGAGCCGCCAGCCGUCAGAGAGAGCGGCCGAGCUGGGCAUGAAAGGCCCGAAGAAAGGAGACGUUGUGAAGAGGCGUGUAGUGAAGCUGAUCGUUAAUUUCCUGUUUUACUUUCGGAUCGAUGAGGAUGAGCCCAUCGGUGCUCUUCUGCUGGAACAGUGUCGCGUGGAGAGAGAAGACGAUCAGGUUUUCUCCAUCGUGUUUCUGGACGAAGCCGAGAGGAAGUAUCUGUUCGAAUGUGAUUCUCAGGAGCAGUGUGUGGAGUGGAUCGAUGCCAUCGUUAAAGCCAGUUAUGAAUCCAUGCGUAAGAACCUGAUCUACUAUCGCACGGAAAUCCAUCGGCUGACCGGAAAGGACCCGCUGGAGCAGUAUGGGAUAUCAGACGAAACACGUUUUCAGGUCAACAGUGGGCUUCCUCCAGCGGACACAUAAACUGUUUGGGGUUUCUGCUUGUGUUUUUCUUCUUUUACAGUCUGCCUGAAUCCAUCACUGUACGUUCUGACCUGAGUUAUGGGAGAAAUGCGUAAUAUUACUGUAAUGAAUGUCUGCUGAGUUUGAGCCAAUUGCAAUUAAAGUUUCUUCCUAAAAUCAAGGUCAUUGUUAAUGAGGGCAAGCUGAACUGGGUCGCCUUUUAAAAACGGAUUCUGGCACAUUUAUCGCCUUUUAUAACCGUGCUGUUAAAGGUUUAUGCAUUGACAUGCAUGCAGUCUUUAUAGUUUCACCUUAAGCGCACUGAAGAGGUUUCAUAGCAUUCAGCUUAAAUCAAAAACAUUUUUAUAGUUUCUGUAAAACCUUUUAGCUGCUUUGAUUUUGUGCCUCUGAAACCGCAACAGUCUUACUUCACCCCAAAAUAAAAAAUGAAUAAAUAAAAUAUUUUGUUUUUGUACAA